UUAAGGGCUUCUGUGACUCCGUCUUAUAGAAUCAUCUCUGCUUGGGGCUCACUGGAGAGCUUUCAUUCUGAGAGAGGCUGGAACUGGCAAGGAAACUGCUCAAGAAUCCUAAUCAAAAGAUGUUUUCCUUUCUGUUUAUAUUUUUUUCCCUCUGGUCUUUCUCAUCUACCCAGAAUGAUGAUGAAUAUGAAGAUCUCUUCUUCCUAAAUGUUGACAAUGAAAUAGAAAUUCCUGCAACAGAGGAAACUGUUUCAUGCGAUUGCCAACGAGAGCACACAGAAUGGGACAAGCUCUUCAUUAUGCUUGAGAACUCACAGAUGAAAGAGAACAUGCUGCUUCACUCCCUGGAUGAAAUCCUUAAGGUGGAGCUGCAGAGACUGAGAGGGGAAAUGUUCCAAUUUGUGGAAAACUUUUCUAACCUUUGCCUCACAUCCACCGAGCAAGCCACCUCCCGGAUUUCAAACCAACUAGACCAGAUGCUGGCAAAGAACAAUGAAGAAGCCAAGGACCCCUCUGGAAUGCCCCGUGAAUCGGAGCAAGGCAAAACCCUCCAAGAAAUUCUCCAGCUGAGUCAAAACGUGUCCAACAGACUCAGCCAUCUGGAGCGCGCUUGGCAGAGGAAAGCGGAGGUGGAUAUUCAGCAGAGGGGCUUGCCUCAGAAAGACUACAUGAGGAGAGGAGACAAUUUCAUUUUGAACUCGCUCUGGCAAGAACUGCAGGAAACAAAAGCUGAGCUGAAAGAUUCCCACAGCAAGAAAAUACAGCACUUACUGCCAAUCGGUUGUGAGACAGCUCUUUUAUUCCCAAUGCGUUCCAAAAAGAUCUUUGUGAGUGUUCAUCCAAUAGCUGAAAUGAUGCUCUCUUCCUUUACUGCCUGUACGUGGGUCAAAGUGACUGAAAUGCUUGACAAAACUAUUAUUUUCUCAUAUGGCACCAAGAGAAAUCCUUAUGAAAUCCAGCUUUACUUUAGCUAUGAUUCUGCAGUUCUUGCUGUUGGUAGUGACUUGAAAAAGAUAGUUGCCCAAAACGUCAUUUUCUCUGGACAAUGGACUCAUUUUUGUGGCAUUUGGAACUCAGUUAAUGGGAAUGCAUCAUUGUGGGUAAAUGGAGAGUUGGUGAAGGUCUCCUCAGAUAUAGCUGAGGAACACAUCAUACCAGAUGGUGGAAUUCUGCAGAUUGGCCAAGAAAAGAAUGGCUGCUGUGUUGGAGGUGGUUUCAACGAAUCUUUAGCUUUCUCUGGAAAAAUAACUGGCUUUAAUAUUUGGAACAGAGUCCUCAGUGACAAAGAGAUAACAAGACAGACGGGAGAAGAAUCAUGCAACAUCCGUGGCAACAUAGUUGGUUGGGGGGUUACAGAGAUUCUGCCUCAUGGAGGAGCUCAGUAUGUUUUCAGUUUCUGAACAAAUGCAAAAAUUGUCCUUUCAGACUACCUGAACAUAUCAAGCACACAAUGUCUAGCGAACCUGAGUAUCUACAAAUCUUAGGACUGAUAUACAUGAUAUGGCCUCCACAUAGGGGUUGCUCUAAAUCUUCAAGGUUUGUGAUGCAUGUGGGGAAAUGUCUGAUUAGGACAUACCACGAGCUGAUACUCCACCACUGUUCAUAAAGAAACUCCUGAAUGAGACUCUAUAUGGCAAAAGGCUUCUUGGUGAAUGUAGCAGCUAACAACUACACUUGCCCUUACAACAGAUUCCCUGUUUAUUUGUGCUAUUCAAGCAAUGCCAGGAGGAGGAGGCAAAUGAAUGAGUGGAUGGGUGGACAGUGUUGAAAGAUGGUUGGAAAGGAGCUUUUUGCAGAUGACAAUAGCAACUGUCAGAACAACUAACUAGUAUAGUUGCCUGGAGGCCUCCCAGCACAUAGAACUUUAUUCUUGGGCUACAAGAUGAACCAAAGUGAAGAAUCAGCAGCCCCUGGGAACAAAUUAAAAUGGCAUUCCUUUGGCAGCAGUAUCAUAAGCACUGGCUCUUAAAUAUAGCUUUAGAAGAGUCAGUAUAGUAGCAUGCAGUUCUAAAUUGAGGUAUGGAUUCAAACACUGGCUUGGCAACAACAACAAUAAAAGUUAAAACUUAUUCAAAAGUGUUUUUUAACAUACUGAAGAAAUGUAUUGGAACAGCCCUUCUUAAUGCAGAGGCUGCUGUUACUCUAAGCUGGUUCCAUAGUAAAUAGAUAUCUAUUUAGUGUCACAUAGAUAUCUGAGGUCAGAUUUUUGUUCAAGAACUUUCCUCAAUUAAAUAACUAUACAAAACUUGGCUAGAACUUGUAUCUGUGGAGCUAAUAAUACCCCAUUUUCUGUAGAAUCCCCUGUCUGUCGAUGUUAUAUUACUAAAGUGAAUUUUCCGGAAGAACCUAAUAAGAGUCAUGAAGUAAUAGUUGUUGAUUUUGUUCCUUGUUCCUGGUUAUGCACACCUGAAUAAAGCUAGUGCUUUGUCCAAGAUAUUUAUACUGGAGUCAACCUAGCAUUCAGAUAAUUACAGUUUUUCUGCUGUGUUGUUCUCUGAAGAGGAUACAGCUGUAUUAUAUUGUAAAUUGAUUCUGUACUAAUUUUAUUGAAAUUAUUUUUAUAAAAUUGUACCAUAAA